ACUGUGUCGUGUCGGUGCCCACUAUAAUUGCACGACAAGGCGUUCGCCCCAGCGCUUGUACAUGAGAGGGCGUGCGUGCACUUCGGCAAUCUCCCUAUCUGUAUGUCAACCUCAAGAACGAGCCACACAUUUAAAGAGGUCGCAACAGGCUCAAUUGAAUUGCAACUGAUUCUCUGAGCUCUUUCAACGACCUGUCAAUCGAACUGCUGCAGCCCGGUCGGUACAGGUUGCGCCCGUCUCCUGUAUCGUGCAAUACACCUCUAAAACACUCACGCCGAAAGCCCAAGCAACGGCGGUAUUGCAUUUACUCACUGAGCAUGAUCGUCCCACGCUCGUCUUGCCGUCUGGCGAGACACGCACUCUCUCAGUCCCAGCUGUGCCGGGGCUCAAAACGAGCCGCGCCCGCGGGCGCGGUGCUUGGCCGACCCCAGACGGACCGUCGUUACAUGAGCGCCGGCGCCUAUCGGACCCCUGCCGGACUGAAGGAUCUUCUGCGCGUCUCGGAGGAGGUCGCCGACGCCGUCGCAACCAACAAGCCCGUCGUUGCUCUGGAGUCGACAAUCUACACCCACGGCGCGCUGGCCAACGACCUGGGUUUGGAAGACGUCGUUCGUCGGGGCGGUGGUGUACCUGCUGUCUGCGGCAUCCUCAACGGCGAGCCCGUCGUUGGUUUGACCGAGGCGGAGGUCGCACAGAUGGUUGACUCCGGCACCGCCAGCAAGGUUUCGAGAAGAGAUGUUGCUCACUUGGUUGGACUGGGCAUCACGGGCAAGAAGGUCCACGGCGGCACAACCAUCGCCGGCACUAUGCUGCUCUCAAGGCUCGCCGGCAUCCGAGUCUUCGGUACCGGCGGCCUCGGCGGCGUCCACCGCGGCGGCGAGAACUCCAUGGACGUCUCGGCGGACCUCACGGAGCUCGGCCGCACCCGCGUGGCGGUCGUGAGCGCCGGCUGCAAGGGCUUCCUCGACAUCCCGCGCACGCUCGAGUUCCUCGAGACGCAUGGCGCGUUCGUCGCGACCUUUGCCGACGGCCGCACGGGCAGCGUCGACUUCCCCGCCUUCUGGGCGCGCGAGAGCGGUACCAAGAGCCCCCUGGUCGUCCAAACCGAGCGCGAGGCCGCCGCCAUGAUCCUGGCGCAGGAGAGGCUGGGCAUUGAGUCCGGCAUGCUCUUUGCCAAUCCCAUCCCCGAGGAGCACGGCAUCCCCCGCGCGGAGAUGGACGCCGUCAUCGAGACGGCCGUCACGGAAGCCGUCGAGAAGGGCUUCACCGGGGCCACCAACACGCCGUACGUCCUCGGCAGGAUCAGACAGUUGACGCAGGAGCGUAGCACGCUGGCCAACGUUGCCCUGGUGAGGGCCAACGUGGCGAGGGCCACCAAGAUCGCCGUGGAGCUCUCGAAGUUGCUGAACGGGGAUGCCGGAGCGGAAUCCGUCUCGUCAAACACGUUUGUUUCUGGUUAUGACGUCCCUGCCGCCGCGAAGCCCGCGACCAAGGCGGAAGCGCCCAAGUCGAGCAAGGCGGAUGUUCUUGUGGCAGGAUCCGUGGCCAUUGACCUGAGCUGUGACUACCACCCCCUUGGAGACAAGAAAGAGGUCUCCCCCCAUAUGCAUACGUCAAAUCCUGCCUGCAUCAGCCAGUCCAUUGGCGGCGUCGGCCACAACGUUGCCCUCGCCGCGCACAGGGUGAGCAAGGACAUCAGCGUGCGCCUUUGCAGCUUGAUCGGAGACGACGUUGCCGGAGCGACUGUGCUCUCCUCUCUCGAGGCAUCGGGUCUCGAGACGACCUACAUUCGCCAGCUCACGUCAGACUACCACGUCUCGAACCGCACCGCGCAGUACGUCGCCGUCAACGAUGCCGAGAAGAACCUCGUCAUGGCCAUGGCCGACAUGGGCAUCUUCGCCAACCACUCGUUCCCCGACUACUGGAAAUCGGCCGUCGCCGGUGCCAAGCCGCGCUGGCUCGUCGUCGACGGCAACUGGAGCCCCAAGGACAUCCAGGCGUGGAUCCAGGCCGGCCGCGAGCACGCCUGCAAGGUCGCCUUCGAGCCCGUCUCGACGGCCAAGUCCACCGGCCUCUUCCCGCGGGGGCAGCACCCGCACCUCGGCGUGUUCCCGGAGCCGGGCAUCGACAUGGCGUCGCCGAACCACUACGAGCUGACGGCCAUGUACGACGCCGCCAAGGAGAACGGCUUCUUCGAGACCCCGGAGUGGUUCGAGGUCAUCGACGCGUUCGGGAUGCAUGGCGCCAGGGAGCGCUUCGUGUACCUGACCUCCAGGGAGAUGACAGACGCGGGGAUCCCUGUGCAGACUAUCCACCUCCUGCCCUACAUCCCCACCAUCGUCACGAAGCUGGGCUCCAAGGGCGUUCUACUGACCACGAUCCUGGGCAAGGACGACCCCCGUUUGAAGGAUAGAAACGAGGAGCGGUGGCUGCUCACCAGGGCCCGCGCCGACCACCCUACGAUCGGCGGCGUAUACAUGCGUCUGUUCCCGCCGGCGGAAACGGUCGCCGCGGAAGACGUCGUCUCUGUCAACGGCGUUGGAGACACGUUUCUGGGCGUCAUGGUUGCGGGCCUGUCAAAGGGGGGCAAGGUCGAGGACCUGAUCGGCGUUGCGCAGAAGGCGGCGGUGUUGACCCUGAAGAGCCACCAGAGCGUGAGCCCUGACCUGGGAAGACUCGACGGGCUUUUGAAGGCCGCCGUGAGGGGCUGAGCAGUCUGCUGCGAUAUUGUAGGAAUAAUAAUCACGUAUUGUUGGUCGGCACAGCAGUGAGGACUGUCCCGGCCGGCUACUUUUUGCGGGUUUCCUUGACAACGAGGUCUCGAGACACGAAGAAAGAACACUGUAACGAUAAAUGGCACGGCCCAUCUUGAAAUUUUCUCAUGCCUCAAGGCCAUGGUACUGUAACACAGUUUUUAUACAUGUACCAUGAUUAAAGGUUGCGUGUUCUACACCUCGAUGUACUCGAGUGACACAAUAUGAAGGCCAGAUCCAAAGACUCAUCACCUGCACACCCGCUGGGUAGUCGCACCAGUCCUUGAUCGGGGCAACCCUGAAAGAACUAGAGAGAAUUUUCAAAGAAAUAGAAGAAUUCAGUUUCAAAAGCAUAUAGUCUGCAAUGAAACAAACCAAACUUCAUUAAGCCUCGGACUCAAUAUUGCACAGUCGACAC